GAGCUGUGAAUCUCUUUCGAUUCAUCGAUCCAUCACCGCGUCACCACUGCCAAUCACUGCCAUCAAUGGCGUCUUCAAUCCCACCUCCUAGGGUUAUCACCAAAGACACGCCUGUUGUCCAACUCCAUUCCAAAACUCAUUUCCCCAUCAAAUUAAACAACACCAACUUUGCAAUCUGGCAACGUCAAGUUCAAUCCACUCUUAUUGGACUUGAUCUUCUUGGUUUCGUUGAUGGGAGUGUUGCUACGCCGUCGUGCUCUCAAGCCGAUGGUACCUUUAAUCCAUGCUACUCUGUUUGGUAUAGACAAGAUCAAUCAAUCAUCGGAGCUCUUCUCGGCAGCUGCUCGGAUACAAUUCAGCCCCUCAUCUCUAACACGGGUACUGCCCGUGAGGCUUGGCUCAACUUGCACUCCAGUUUUGCGAGUGCAAGCCGCGGUCGUGUUCUUAGUCUCAAGUCCAAGCUUGGGAAAAAUCCACGUGGGAAUCGAUCUAUCACCGAAUAUCUUUAUGAAAUGCGGAGUCUGGCAAAUGAAUUGGCCCUCGUCCAAAAUCCUAUCUCUGAAGAGGAUCUUGUGGUUCAUGUCCUCAAUCAAGUUGGCAAAGCCUAUGACCCCCACACCUCUGGUGCUCGUUUUCGUGAGCAAACCAUCUCCUUUACCGAACUUGGUGAUGUCUUACGUGACAUAGAGGAAAAGCUUCAAGCUUCGGAUGCUGCCACUCAGACGAUUGUGGCCACUGCUAAUUCUACUCAGCGAGCCACGCUCUCCAAGAAUGGUCAAUCAUGGCCACGGGAUGCUCCAGCCUAUCAUGGUGGAGGUCGGCAUCCUUUUAAUGGUGCUGGUCGCACCUCGCCUCGUGAUGGGGGUUGUCAGUUUUGCUCCAUUCCUGGUCAUGAUAUCAAGCGUUUGGAUUAUUAUAGGCUUAAGCAACUUGACCUCAGAUCGGAGACGUAUCAAGGUGUUAUUGAUAGUAUGCAAAUGGUGGUUCUCCCCUGUAGAGAUGGUCACAGGGUUGAUUGGCGAACCACACCACCCGGGUUCGAUCCCCAGAAGAUGCAUAUUUGGAGGAAUUUUAAAGAGUUAAGCGUGCUGGCAUGGGAGUAGCAAAAAUGAUGGGUGACCCCCUGGGACGUAGAUUUGGGCUUAUGGAGCUGGGCUUUAGAUUGGGCUUACUUUGGGCUUUCUAUAGUGGGCUAUCUACCUCAGGUGUUAACGGGCCCUGGGGUAGUCACGAGGUUAACGGGCCUCGGGCCCCCUGCUUUGUAACCGACCGUUCAUUAUAAAAAAAAAAAUUUUUUUGAAAAAAAUAUAUGUAUAUAAAACUAGUACGAAUCAAUUUUCAUUCAUAAGGGAUUUAAUAUAAACAUUAAAAAAAACCCAUAAAAAAACACCAACCAUUUUGGGAUUUUCUUGAAAUUCACAAAACAAGCAAAAAAAUAUAAUCUUGAAUUGAAACAAUACUUUUACAAAGAAAUUGGAGAAGAAAAAGAAAUUGACAAAUAUGGGUUACCAAUUUGUUGAAGAAAAUGAUGAAAUUGAA